AAUUGUGUUACUUUAGAUAAGAUCCUACACCAACUAUCUGACUAUUCUGUAUUCAUUGAAUGGACGUUGUGUUAUUAUGCACUUUCAUCAAGAAUCAAGAUAAGAUGGAAUUUGAUAAAGAUUUUGGGAUUAAAAUGGAUAUAA